AUGGCUGCUGUAGACAUAAUCUCUGUGGCAGUGGAAAAUAACCCAGCACCCUUUCUCUCAAACCUUCGCUUUGCGAUUGCGUACGAGGUUCGAGAGGCGCUCUCUGACGACAUCGAGUGGCGCGUCGUCUACGUCGGUUCAGCGUCGUCCGAAUCUUAUGACCAGGAGCUCGACGCUGUUCUGGUACCCGCGGAUACCCCUGGGCGCUUUGCGUUUGUCUUGGAGGUGCCACCGCCGCGACCAGAACGGAUACCAGAGGAAGAUGCCACGGGGGUUACGAUCGUACUCGUGACCUGCAGUUAUCGUGGGCAGGAGUUUAUCCGGGUAGGAUACUAUCUAUGUAACGAGUAUCCACCGGAGGUUUUGAAAGAGGCGGCUAGCAGCGUGAAGCAGCGACUAGUCCAGGCUGGUAUGAGCGAAGCGGAGGCAGAAGCACAGGCUGCAGCAACGGUGGAGAUUUCGCCACCACAGUGGGACAAACUCCUGCGCAAUAUUCUAGCGGAGCAACCGCGGGUUACUCGUUUCCCUUGCAGUUUUGAUCGGAGUGUUCCGGCCAAGACACCUUCGACCAGUGUCGCGGCCACAGAUCAAAUAUAUUGA